GCGCUUUCUGUACAGGCAUUUGUGUAGUCAGCUGUAGUCGUGGGUCCUUGUCCUGGUCCUGGAGGUGACAUUCAGGGGGAGCAGUUAGCAUCGACAAAGCCGUCAACAUGGCACAGGCAGUGCAAAAGCUAGUCGCUAAAGUACCUAGCCUCAUCGGUGCCGCUGUCACCUACUCCAAGCCUCGGUUAGCAACUUUUUGGUACUAUGCCCGUGUUGAACUUGUCCCCCCUACCCCUGCCGAAAUUCCCAAGGCUAUCGAGGGGGCCACAAACAUCAUGAAGGGGUUCCAGACAGGACGUCUCGGUCAAACCACAGUGAGGGAAGCCCUUAGGAACGGACUGGUGGCCACUGAAGUGUUGAUGUGGUUCUACAUUGGAGAAUGCAUUGGCAAAGGAGGCAUCAUUGGCUACGAUGUCUGAGUUUUGGACUGUUAUGCUUUUUUUCCUCUUGAGCAUUGUGUGCUCAACUUCCUGCAAAAAUCCUGGGAACCAAUAAACAGAUAUCUAUUGUUAAAAAACAUGA